CCACCACGACCGCACGUCACAAGCCAGCAGUAUUUAUCACUUGUGUUGUUUCUCGUCUGCUUGUCUGCUCGCACCAUGCCAUCGUCAGAUACAAAUGGCAACAUAAGACCAUCCGCUGCCGCAAGAUUCCUAACCGCGCCUUCAGUAAUGACCAUGAACGGUCACUUUGCAUCUGUAGGCGAUGCGCCGACCAAGGAGCAGUAUGAGCAUGGCAUACAGGUCAUUGAUGAGGAAAAGCAGUUCAACCCCAAUCUCAACACGUAUCUCCAACUUACCAAGACCGCGCAGUCGGGCUUCAAUUAUCAUCUUAUAUCAGUCUUUGGCUCGCAGUCUACCGGGAAAUCUACCCUACUUAACCACUUAUUUGGCACGGAAUUUGGGGUAAUGUCUGAAACCGAGCGGCGACAGACCACGAAGGGAAUAUGGAUGUCAAAGAACAAGCGGGAAGGUGCAGCAGGGCCAGAGGCUCACGGUAUGGCGGACAACAUUCUAGUAAUGGAUGUGGAGGGCACCGACGGCCGAGAACGAGGGGAAGACCAAGAUUUCGAGAGGAAAAGCGCAUUGUUUGCUCUCGCUACCAGCGAAGUUCUUAUUGUCAACAUUUGGGAGCAUCAGGUCGGGCUAUACCAAGGCGCAAAUAUGGGAUUGCUCAAAACGGUUUUUGAGGUCAAUAUGCAGUUAUUUCUAAAGGACAAGCAGUCUAACCCCCGAUCACUUCUAUUCUUCGUCAUCCGUGAUCAUAUUGGAACGACUCCUCUAGCGAACCUUCGAAACACCCUCAUCGCAGACUUGACGGGAAUAUGGACGAGCCUCUCGAAACCUCCUGGACUUGAGAAAUCGCGGAUAGAAGACUACUUCGAUUUCGCGUUUGCCGCAUUACCCCACAAGAUUUUACAGCCAGACAAAUUCAUUACAGAGGUAGCAAAGCUGAGUACAAGAUUUAGAGUUGGUCACCGAGUCGCGAGACACGGGGACUUCGACCAAGAACUUGAAGGGGGCGUAUUCCUUCCCGAAUACCACCGGAGAAUACCUGCAGAUGGGUUCUCCGUAUAUGCUGAAGGAGUUUGGGAUCAAAUUGUUAACAACAAGGACUUGGACCUUCCGACUCAACAAGAGCUUCUAGCACAAUUCCGUUGUGACGAAAUUUCACGAGAAGUUUUAGAAGCUUUUGAUGAUGCUAUCUCACCGCUCGAAGAGAAACAAGCUGAAGGGGUCAGAUUAGGGCAACCUUCAGUAUUGAAGGAUUUGGGCGCGUCCGGAAAAGCCGCUCGUGCAAAGAGCAUCAAAGCCUUCGAAACUGAAGCUAGUAGGUAUCACAAGGGCGUGUAUGCCAGGAAACGUGUCGAGUUGGAAGGAAAGAUCGAUACAAGGCUGAAGGCAUUGUAUCAAGGUCAACUCUCUGCAGCUCAUAAAUCAGGUGUUGCAUCGUUUAGCGAUGCAGUGGUAGCUGCUGUAAAGGCUGGCCAGAAGAAAGGUGCAUCCUAUGAAUUUGCUGAUAUCGUGGAGCGAGAGAAAGAGGUCGCUCUCGAGAACUUUGAACUGGAAGCAAAGAGUUUGGCGAUCGAAGGUGUACCUUGGACCAACUUCAAGCAGCAGUACAACCUGUAUGAGAAAGAUCUGGACGAGGUAAGUGGGCGCCUGCGAAAAGAGGAAAUGAGACGUCUCGCAACUCGCGUUGAGAGAUGGGUCCGAUCAAGACUGGGCGAAUCUGUCGGCCUCGAAUUUAAUAAGCUUGGUUCAGGACGUGGAGGUAGCGGAGCUCCUGAAUCUGGUGAGAAACCAGCUACGGAGAAAGACCUCUGGGACAGAAUAUGGAAUCUCUUCGUCGCCACUGUCAAGGAAGCCGAAUCUCGCUUCAUAGAGAGAGCAAAAAGCUACAACGCUAGCGGAGAUGAAAUUGAAGUUGGACUAUGGAGGUUGAGGCGGAAGAGUUGGGGGGUGUUAAGGGCGAAGAUCGACGAAGAGGUCAUGGAAGGCAAUAUAUUGUUGAAACUUCGCGAGAACUUCGAGGACAAGUUCCGGUAUGACGAGGCUGGUGUUCCCAGGAUAUGGCGUCCGACAGAUGAUAUCGAGGGAGUAUACACGAAAGCCAGAGAGUCGACUCUCACCUUGAUCCCUUUACUUUCCAGGUUUAGACUCUCGGAAACGUAUGCACCUCCAGAGCUACCCGAAUGGAUUGGCGCUGCACCUGAUAGUGUAGACCCGAAGGACGAAGAGGAUUUGACGCCCAUUGGAGGUGUGGAUGAGGAGGAAGGCAAGAGCUUGGAAGAGGAAAUGUCGAUUCUGAGUGAAGCAAAACGCCAGGAUCUCGUCGUAAGAUUCAAGAAGACCGCCGAUGGCGUAUAUGUGGAAGCAAAACGCAGUGCCAUUGGCGGUGUGGCACAGGUUCCACUAUACUUCUACGGUCUUCUUCUGGCGUUGGGAUGGAAUGAAAUCGUCGCUGUCCUUCGAAAUCCCGCCUAUUUCAUUAUGCUUAUCCUCCUUGGAGUCGCGGCUUACGUGACUUACACACUUAACCUAUGGGGCCCAAUUCUACGAAUGGCAAAUGCAGCCUCAGCACAAGCUAUCGAAAUCGGCAAAGAAAAGCUCAGAGAAUUUUUGGAUAAUGCAGAUGGUGGGCGACAGGCAACGGCUACAAACGCCAGCAGUGGUAACGAAAGCAUUCGUCUCAGCAUACUGGAUAGCAGAGGCAAGGGGAGAGCGACUGGAGAGGAUGAAGAUGAUGAUAUCUAG